AUGACAGACACUGGAAGCACCAUUCUGAGCCUACUCGUGCCUCUCUUCAUCAUUGUUGAACUCAUCAAUGAGAAUUCUCGUCCCAGUAAAAAUCAAACGCAUCUGCCGCCAGCAGGAGAAAUCGGUUGCACCAAAGAUAUUCCAGAAAACAUCUCCGCCGUCCACACCUACGCAUUGACCACCGUCAUUAGUUUGUGUAACCACUGCCGUCAGGGUUGCAGGAGCUUGCUUGAGAAGCGAUCAACCAGUGGAAACCUGCUGCACAGCACCUCUGGUCUCCACCUCCGGACAGGCUGUUUCAGUCAGUCGGUGACCCAGAGUCCGACAGCGGUGACCAUGAAGGAGUGUCAGUCUCUCACCAUUACUUGCCGUUUCCAGACUGGUUCUUGGGGUAGCUAUGAUUUCCAGACCGGACAUUUCUUCAAACAAUCCCGCCCCGCGGCAGAGCGGGAGAGGAUCUCCAGCGGGGAAAAAUUUGUUAUGUCGACUAAUAAAGGAGAAAUGACUUUUUCGUUGCAAAUUCUGGACCUUCGGGUUGACGACAGCGCCACCUAUUACUGUCAAGCUGAGUACAAAUGGGAUGAAACACAGUGAUGAGCCGAUGGAACUGGGUCAACGGUCACUGUCACAGCCGCUUCAAUUUCCUCGCCGUCCCGAAUUCCAGCUCGACAUUCUUAUCCUGCUGGCCAAAUAGUGACUUUAAGCUGUAAAUAUUCCGGGUUCUGUCGAUACACAGUACACUGGUACCGGCAGUUGCCAGAGCAGGCACCGAUAUUCCUGCUCCAGAGGCACACUUCGGGAAAGCAGGAUAAGGAAAACGCUGCAGGAGGACGAAUUUCUGGUUCCCUCGAUCCUGUCCAGAAAAUAAGCCGGUUAACCAUCACCAAACUGCUCUUGAGCGAUUCGGCUGUGUAUCACUGUGCGCUGAGUCCUCGCACAGCACAGUGA